CUCAAUUUCACUAUUUACUGACUCAAGAGACAAAGUGGGGCUCUGUUCUUUUUCAUUGUCCCUCUUUCCCCUGAUUCAUUGCUUGAUUGUACUUCUAAAAGAAGGAACUGUUCCUCUUCACUGUCGAGGGUUGUGUUCACAAGUGACAAUUGCUUCACUCUGAAGUGAUGGAGCGUUGAAAUAUCGGUUCCCUUUUGGAGGAAAAGAAGCGAUGCACCAGCAAUAAUGGGCAGCUCGAACUAAGUGGAUAGAUGGUGAUGUUGGCUCUGAUUACUCAGUGAAGUUCUGUUGUUUCACUAAUGGUGGUCAGGGAACUUUUCCCCAUGACCAUCAUGAAUUUACUAUUAUUGGCUUGUUUUAUCUGCUUGCUUUCGGGACUUGAAGCCCAAAGCCAGGGUUGUCAUCCAAAUGACCUUGCGGCAUUGAAGGAAUUUGCAGGAAAUCUAACAAACGGCUCCAUUAUCUCAGCAUGGUCGAAUGAUCUCAGUUGCUGUAACUGGGAUGGUGUUGUCUGUGGUGGAAGCAGAGUGAUCAUGUUAAAUUUGUCAAGAAACGGCGUGAAAGGGGUGAUUUCAGAGUCUUUGGGAAAUUUGGAUCAGUUGAGGCUGCUUGAUCUUUCACACAAUGAUCUCGAAGGUGGAUUGCCUUCUGAUCUUUCCAAUUUGCAGCUGCUGGAAUCUCUUGAUCUUAGCCAUAACAAGUUAUCUGGACAAGUGGUGGGAGCACUUAUUAAAUUAAGGUCAAUCCAAUCACUGAAUCUGUCUAGCAAUCUAUUCACUGGAAACUUCACUGAUUUUGGUAAAUUUCCCAAUCUUGUUGAAUUUAUCAUUAUCAACAACUCCUUUUCUGGAGAGUUGGACUCUCAGCUCUGCAGUAUCUCGAGGAAAAUUCAGGUUGUUGAUUUAUCGUUGAACCGUUUCUCUGGUGGACUUGAAGGCUUGGAUAAUUGCAGCACUUCUCUUCAGCAGCUACAUCUAGAUGAAAAUUCUUUUUCAGGCCCCCUUCCCGAGUCCCUGUAUUCAGUGACUUCCUUGGAGCAGCUAUCAUUUUCUGCCAACAAUUUCUCUGGCCAGCUUAGCCCUCAACUCAGUAAGCUUUCCAAUCUGAAAUCUUUGGUUUUAUCCGGGAACGUGUUUUCUGGUACACUUCCUAAUGUAUUUGGCAAUUUGACAAAACUAGAGCAGUUGGUUGCGCAUUCUAAUUCGUUCUCUGGGCCAUUGCCUUCUAGCCUGGCCCAAUGCUCUAAGCUAAGAGUGCUUGAUCUUGGAAAAAAUUCUUUAUCUGGUGUCAUUGAUCUUAACUUCACUGGAUUACCGAAUCUGCAUACUCUUGAUCUUGCUAGUAAUCACUUUUACGGUCCCCUACCAGACUCACUAUCUACUUCCCAGGAGCUGAAAAUUUUGAGUCUUGCCAAGAAUGAACUAACUGGCCACGUACCUGAGAGUUAUGCAAAUCUCACAUCUCUUGUGUUCUUAUCUUUGUCCAACAACAGUCUUACAAGUUUAUCUGGAGCAUUGUCAGUUCUGCAGAAUUGCAGAAACCUCACUACCCUCAUCCUCACCAAGAAUUUCCAUGGUGAAAAAAUCCCAACAAAUGUAGGUGGUUUUCAGAACUUGAUGGUUUUUGCACUCGGGAACUGUGGCCUGAAUGGCCAAAUUCCAAGUUGGUUAUUGAAUUGCAGCAAGUUGGAAGUUCUUGACUUGUCCUGGAAUCAUUUGAAUGGAAGUAUUCCUCCAUGGAUUGGCCAGAUGGACAACUUAUUCUACUUGGAUUUGUCUAAUAACUCAUUGACGGGAGAAAUUCCAAAAAGUAUAACAGAGCUGAAGGGACUCGUAACUGCAAAAAGCAAUCCACCAAGUCUCAACUCAUCAACCAGCAUUCCUCUCUUUGUCAAACGAAAUCAGAGUUCUAGUGGUUUACAGUAUAAUCAAGCUUCAAGUUUCCCUCCAUCAAUAUUAUUGAGCAACAAUAAACUAAAUGGAACAAUUUGGCCUGAAAUUGGACGGUUGAAGCAAGUCCAUGUCCUUGAUCUCAGCAGGAAUAAUAUUACUGGAACCAUCCCUCCAUCCAUUUCUGAUAUGGGAAAUCUGGAGGUCCUGGAUUUGUCAUUCAAUGAUCUCUACGGAUCAAUUCCUUCAUCAUUCAAUAAGCUAACAUUCCUAUCAAAGUUUAGUGUGGCUUAUAAUCACUUGCAGGGAGCAAUCCCAAUUGGUGGCCAGUUUUUUAGUUUCCCCAGCUCAAGCUUUGAUGGUAACCCUGGACUUUGUGGGAAAAUCAUCUCUCCUUGUGCAGUUAAUAAUGUUGGGCUUCAACCUGUUAUUCCUGCAACUUCAAACAACAAGUUUGGUCGGAGCAGUAUCCUUGGAUUGACAAUUAGUAUAGGGGUGGGAAUUGCCAUUCUCCUGGCCCUAGUUCUGCUUAAAAUUUCAAGAAGAGAUAUGGGAAAUCCAAUUGAUGACCUGGAGGAUGAAAUCAGUAGGCCCCCGAGAUUGUCUGAUGCAUUUGGACCUUCAAAGUUGGUGCUCUUCCAGAAUGCUGACUGCAAGGAUCUCACAGUUGCAGACAUUCUGAAGGGAACGAGCAAUUUCGGCCAAACAAAUAUUGUUGGCUGUGGAGGUUUUGGUCUUGUUUUCAAGGCUGACCUACCUAAUGGCACAAAAGCUGCAAUCAAGAGACUAUCUGGUGAUUGCGGGCAGGUGGAACGUGAAUUCCAAGCUGAAGUAGAAGCACUCUCAAGAGCUCAGCACAAGAACCUUGUUUCUCUGCAAGGGUACUGCAGGCAUGGAAAUGACAGGCUUCUCAUUUACUCCUACAUGGAGAAUGGAAGCUUAGAUUAUUGGUUGCAUGAAAGGAUUGAUGGGAGUUCCUUUCUUAGAUGGGAAGCAAGGCUAAAGAUUGCUCAAGGGGCUGCUCGUGGAUUAGCUUAUCUGCAUAAGGAGCCAAAUAUAAUUCAUCGAGACAUUAAAACUAGCAACAUUCUUCUGGAUGAGAGGUUUGAAGCUCAUUUAGCUGAUUUUGGGUUGUCUAGGUUACUUCAUCCUUAUGACACCCAUGUCACUACCGAUUUGGUCGGCACCCUGGGGUAUAUACCUCCGGAGUACAGCCAAACAUUGACGGCAACUUUCAGGGGAGAUGUUUACAGUUUUGGUGUUGUUCUGCUUGAGCUUCUUACCGGAAGGAGACCUGUUGAAGUUUGCAAGGGGAAGAAUUGCAGAGACUUGGUUUCAUGGGUGUUUCAGAUGAAAUCUGAGAGGAGAGAGGAGGAGAUAUUUGAUUCAUCUAUAUGGGAUAAAGAUUUUGAAAAGCAGCUAUUAGAGGUGCUUGCUAUAGCCUGUAAAUGUAUAGACCAGGAGCCUAGACGCAGACCCUCCAUCGAUCAAGUUGUUUCUUGGCUUGAUGCAAUUGAGACUGGAAGAGCUAGAAAAUAAAGAAAUUUAAUGUGCCUUCUAGUCUUGAA